AUGGACAAUAAAAUAGAAAAUUCUACAAUAGAAAAUUUUAAGUUACGUCCCAGAACACGAGGUGGUUUUUCAACGUAUAAUAAAGCAAAUUGUAUUAAUAAUACACCAGGAAAUUUUAGUAAUAAUACUGUAUGGAUAGAAAAAAAAAUUAAGCAAGAAGAUUCAAUAAAUAAAAUUGCACUUCAAUACAAUGUAUCUGUAUCGGAUAUUAAAAGAUUUAAUAAUAUUUUAAAUGACCAAGAAAUUUAUGCAUUAAAAUCUAUUCGUAUUCCAGUGUCAGAAUUAAAAAGAGAUAUUUUAUUAAAGAAAAUGAGUAGAGAAAAUAUAGAUUUAAGUGAUAAUUUUGAAAAUUUUGACGAUGAAAAGGCACGAUUAAUAAGUGAUGAUAGUGAAAAAGAACAAAGUGUUGAAGAUAUUUUUGUAAAAACAGAUACUGUCGUUGCACAAGUUAGGGAUGCUUUACCAGAUGAUGAAAUGCAUGUUGGAACUUAUCAUUUUGUUGAUGCUAAAUCUCCAAAUAGUACAAACGGUAUUUGGAUGAUAAUUUUAGCAGUUAUUAUUAUAUUUGUAAUAGUACCACUACUACUAACUUUUAUAGAAGAGGAAAAUCAUUUAGAACAUUCAACGGGUAAAGAUAAUGAUAUGCUUUAUCAUUUUAAAAAUAACUAG